AAAUAGUGAAAUUUUUUUUGCAGUUAACAGAUACGUUCGUAGAAAAUGAUAGUAGACAAUGUGGUGGUUGGCGACACUGCAAUGAAGGUGCCAGGACACCUCUCCUACGCGCAGUACGUGGUAGACAAGCUUAGAGAGCACUCCAAGGCUGGGGAUGGCGUUGCUUUGGUAAACGGAGAUACUGGCGAAGAGGUAACGUUUCAACAAAUUUUGAAUGAUGUGGUGAGAAUCGCCACAGGGCUUAAGAAGUUUGGAGUGAAGCGUGGCGACGUGGUCGGUCUGUGCAGCGAGAGCAGGAUAGAAUACAUCUCAACUGCCAUUGCCGUCAUGUGCUGCGGGGCCACUGUUACAGCUGUAAACUUGCAGUACCAACCUGAGGAAAUGUCGCACGUGCUGAACAUUGCGAAGCCAAAUAUCGUUAUCGGAUCGUCAUCAGCUCUAAAAAUUAAUCUCGAUACUUUCAAAAACCUACCAUUUGUAAAGACGAUGGUGCAAUUUGACGGUACACCUCUACAGCCCGGUAUUGUCCUGUUGAGCAGUUUAAUGAGCGGUGACGUGAGUGUGGAAGAGUAUUCCCCGGAAGAUGUCCAGGGAUGCUCAGACGUGUUGAUUAUCUUGUACUCGUCGGGCACGACGGGCUUGCCGAAAGGAGUCAUGCUCACACACUUCAACAUACUGUACAGCGCAAUACAUUACAGUAACGUCGAUGAAGAUGCUUACAGUCGAACGCUGACAGUGGUUCCGUGGUAUCACGGCUACGGACUCUUAUCUACUAUCAAUUACAUGGCCGUUAAAAAGAAGCUGGUUUUCUUUUCUGGUUUCAACGCUGAAAAGUAUUUAGGAGCUAUUCAAAAGUACAAGAUACAAGUUUUACUAACAGUGCCGCCAAUUGUUCUCUUGCUGGCGAAGUCCCCAGUUGUGGAGAAGUAUGACCUGUCAUCAGUGAACCUGGUGUGGUGCGCUGCUGCCCCUCUUAGCAAGGAGAUUAUUCAGGGAGCUCUGAAACGAUUACCGAAUUGCACCGGAAUAUUUCAAGCGUACGGCAUGACGGAAACGUCUUUAGCGGCGACGCGGGAUGACGAGAUGGACGCGGCCACUCAGCGGGUCGGCAGCGGCGGCCGCCCGAUUCCGGGCGUCAGGACCAAGGUGGUGGACAUAGAAACCCGUCAAAAGCUUGGCCCCAGCCAGCAAGGCGAAAUAUGCAUAAAAGGGCCCAUCGUGAUGAAAGGAUACGCGGGCAACGAAGCCGCCACGCGCGAAGUCAUGGACGAGGAGGGGUAUCUGAAGACAGGAGAUAUCGGCUAUUACGACGAACAUGGCUUCUUGUUCAUAGUCGACAGAUUGAAGGAGAUUAUCAAAUACAAAGGGUUCCAGGUGUCCCCAGCCGAGAUAGAGCGCGUGUUACUCCAACACCCCGGCGUAGCGGAGUGCGGCGUGGUGGGGGCGCCGGACAUGUCCGCCGGCGAGCUGCCCUUCGCUUUCGUAGUCGGCAGGCCUGGGGCCAAUGUCACGGAAGCUGAGCUGUUGGAGUUCACAGCUAGCCGGCUGUCUCCAGCCAAACGACUUCACGGGGUUGUAUUCGUGAACGAGAUCCCAAAAAACCCAUCCGGGAAAAUACUUCGCCGCGUUUUAAAGCAGAAGCUGAAAGAGAUGCGCGCCAGCAAACUGUAGGUGUGUACCUGUGAUUGAGUUGUGAU